AUGAAGUGCCAUUCCAUGGCCGAAUGUUGGGACCUUGGCGAAGAACCGAGAUUCUCACAUACCAAGGUCAUAUUCCACGAUGGCGACGAUUAUUUUUUGGCCCGACUGCCCGAUCGCUACAGCAAGCUAGAAGAAAUCGAUGUGCCCAAGGAUGGCCUCACCAGAAUCCCAAAAGAGCACAUCUGGCCUUUGUAUGAAGAGGGUCUCACAAUUUGCUCUAAUCCAAACAGGCCAGAGAUCUAUGUCAAGAAACCUCAACUGACCGACUACUCCGAUUCACAUGCGCCCAGCAUAGACCUACUCAAAGAAGCGAGAAUCUGCGAGCUUCUCAUGAAAAAUCCCCAUGGAAACAUUGCCCGUUACUAUGGAUGCGUGGUCGAAUAUGGCCGAAUCACCGGGCUUUGUUUUGAAAAAUGCGCGGAACUGCUCGCAGACCGUGAAGCAGCCGGUCGUCUUGUCGAUAUCGACAGCUGUUACCAACAGAUUGAGGCGGGUCUUAAUCAUCUUCAUUCCCUCAGUCUCGUUCACAACGACAUUCGUGACUGUAACGUCAUGUUUAAAACCCAGGACGGCGAAGAGGUAGUCAUUAUCGACUUCGAUGCGUGUGGUCUACAGGGACUUCCAAUUGAGGGGAAAUCUGGACCAACGCCCGAAGGUGUUCAUACCAUGGAGUUUGAGAAUGAUGGUUAUGCUUUGAAGACUUCAAAUCGCCAGGAGCCAGAAAGACCGGUGUGCAUGUGA